AUGUUUAAAACUUUCUGCGUUGUUUCGAAGCGAUUUCGUAAAAAUUAUAUCCAUCGCUUUACUGGCACCAAAAGUCUCUUCCUGUUUCACCCGUGGAGCACGAUACGAAGGAUCUGUGUCUACAUAGCUACCAAUCAAUUCUUCGAUUAUUGCGUCAUGGCCACAAUUUUGUUCAAUUGCAUUUUCUUAGCCAUGACUGAGACAGUGGAGGAAGCAGAGUACAUCUUCCUUGCCAUUUAUAGCAUUGAGAUGGUAAUUAAAAUCAUUGCGAAAGGAUUUUUGCUCAACAAAUACACAUACUUGCGCAACCCGUGGAAUUGGCUGGACUUCGUUGUCAUCACAAGCGGCUACGCCACCAUCGGCAUGGAUGUUGGUAAUCUGGCCGGCUUGCGUACAUUUCGCGUGCUGCGAGCACUUAAGACUGUUUCAAUUAUGCCAGGACUUAAAACUAUCAUCAACGCACUACUGCACUCGUUCCGCCAAUUGGCUGAGGUCAUGACGCUGACGAUAUUUUGUUUAAUGGUUUUUGCACUGUUUGCAUUGCAAGUUUACAUGGGGGAGCUGCGCAAUAAGUGUGUAAAAAAUCUUCCAGAUGAUUGGUUGAAUGCGACCGAUAUAGAGUGGAAAAUCUGGAUUAACGAUACGGAAAACUGGCUCUAUGACGAAGAAGAGCUUCCAAUGCUGUGUGGUAACUUGACCGGCGCACGUCACUGCCCACUUGGUUAUACGUGUUUGUGUGUUGGCGAGAACCCAAAUCAUGGAUACACCAACUUCGAUAACUUCAUGUGGUCCAUGCUGACGACAUUUCAGUUGAUCACGCUGGACUACUGGGAAAAUGUUUAUAACAUGGUCUUGGCCACAUCAGGACCAAUGAGUGUAUCUUUUUUUACUGUGGUUGUGUUUUUUGGCUCAUUUUACUUAAUAAACCUAAUGUUAGCCGUUGUAGCGUUAAGUUACGAGGAGGAAGCGGAAAUCACCAAUGAAGAACGCAAAAAAGACUUACUAGAUCACCGAGAUGAUUCAACUUUUAGCUUUGACCCGUCCGUUCUAAACGUAAAAAAGUUAAACAAAAACAACAAGAAGAAAAUUGAUUCUCGAAAAGGUGUUCUACUUGCCUCAUACAGUAAGAAAAAGACACGGCGAAAAAAGCUUAAGUCAGGGAAGGAUGGUGCCAAUAACAACGACAGUAACGGAAAUGGCCAGAGUAAAAGUAGAUCUGUUACGCCGAGCCCGAGUCCGAGUCCACGCCACAGCAACACAGAGCGACCAAAAGCACUGGAAUUACAAGCGCAGCAACCACAUUGUGCGAAAGAUGCGCAACAAAAAACCCGUAUCUGCUUUCAGGACGAAAGCACUAAAAAUCCAAACAUGCUCUACCCCUCAGACUACAAAGGUCAAUUACUGCCCACAAGUCGACAAGCAAGUUCCAACUCAAGCGGCAUGAAUCGAGAAUCUUCGCAAGAUGAUUCGGGAGUUGUUGACGACCACGAGGAACAGGACACUGGCACUGAAAUGGUCAACGUUUCAACAGUGGAACUACAAAACGAGCUUACACCAGUAACGUUGGCACUAUCGCCACGCGAGGUGCGUCUAAUAAAAUGCAAUGGAAACAUUGCCCGAAUCAAAAAGCAUAACAUUUAUGCGUUGCAUCAAGAGUUUUCUUCCGAAAUCGUUGUUAUCGAUGAUCUUCCAGAUCGUAAUUGUGACAGAUGUGUACAAUGUUGCAUUGACUACGAGGGUUGGCUGCAAAUACAAAAUUGCUUAUAUAAGGUGGUUAGAGACCCACUUUUUGAACUAGCCAUAACGCUGUGCAUUGUACUGAACACGGCAUUUCUCGCCAUGGAGCACCACGGCAUGAGCGAGAACUUUCGCAAUGCAUUAGAUGUGGGAAACAAAGUCUUCACAUCGAUCUUCACGUUCGAAUGUAUUAUUAAGUUAAUGGCUUUAUCAAAGGAUUUUUUUCUUUGCGGAUGGAACAUUUUCGAUCUCAUCAUUGUAACAGCAAGUCUGUUAGAUAUAAUUUUUGAGUUGGUAGAUGGUUUAAGUGUAUUAAGGGGCUUGAGAUUGCUAAGAGUUUUAAAGUUAGCACAAUCCUGGACGACGAUGAAAGUUCUGCUCAGCAUUAUUAUUUCGACAAUAGGUGCUUUGGGUAAUCUGACCCUUAUUUUAGUUAUAGUUAUAUAUAUUUUCGCUGUGAUUGGUAUGCAACUGUUUUCAAAAGACUAUACACCUGAAAAAUUCGAUCCAGACCCAGUGCCAAGAUGGAACUUCAAUGACUUCUUUCAUUCCUUCAUGAUGAUAUUUCGCAUAUUAUGUGGUGAAUGGAUCGAGCCACUUUGGGAUUGUAUGCGAGCAGAAGAAGAGCAAGGAGCUUCGUCCUGCUUUGCGAUAUUUUUGCCAACUCUCGUUAUGGGAAAUUUUAUGGUGCUAAACUUGUUCUUGGCCUUGUUGCUCAAUAGUUUCAAUUCAGAGGAAUUGAAGUCCAAAAAGGAGGAAGUCGGUGAAGAAUCGAAACUAGCACGUAGCAUUGAACGUGUACGCGAUUUAAUACGAAAAAAACGUCUUGAACGUAAGGAACGCAAGGAGCGAAAAUAUGCAUCAAAGUUUCAGCAAAUUGUUAUAGAAGCCCAACAACAAGCCUCGACAUUGGCCAUCGAAAAGCCAACCCUGAUAUCAGAAACCAAGUUCCAUAGACUAAGUUAUCAGGAAUCUAUGAAUCGUCCAGUAUCGGGAUCUGACUUUGGUUACCAAAUUCCAUUAAAGGAUGGUUUACAGACAAUCGCUGAUGGCGUUGAAUAUGAAAAUGAUUUUCAGCAAGAGUUACAACAGCAUUUACAGCCAAUACACUUGCCACCGCAACAACAAUUGGAGCAGCAAUUCCAAUUUCAGCAACAACAAAUAAUUGUGCCAGCUUAUGAGGGCAAUAUUUCAAGCUCCUGCCAAUUAGACAAUAACAGUCAUAAUGACUAUAAUACACUAUAUCCUCAAGCAGAACGAAAAUUAUUACAUCAGGUGUCUUCCGGUUUUGGCACUCAACAUUAUGAUUCACGCGAUGAUCCCACAUAUACAGAAUCCAUAGAGUUACGGUUGAUGGGACAGUAUAACUCAACAGAUACAGAUCCUUACCCUAAUGAUCAUCGCAGUGGGUCUUUUGUCAGAGGAGAUUCAUUGCAAGAUAGUUCAUCACGUCGCUAUUAUAGCGAAGAGCAUGAUGAAGCUUAUCUGCAGUACCAAAAAUCUUUACUAACUAGAUCACCAAGUUAUCGCAAGUCUCUUGACCGUUUGUCUCAAUCAAGUGAUCAAUCACAACGGUCGCUAAUACCCUCGCGUAGUCUUAAGUCUGAUGAUGAUUUACAUUUGCAUGUACAUAGACAUUCGAGCGGUUUGUCGUUAAAUACAAUUUCUAUAGAGCACGAAGAACUUUUAUCCCAACAGGGCAACCUACGCGAUGAACUGCUAAAUUGUGAACAGAGAGAAUUAUUUCAGUUCCUUCAGGAAGAUAUAGACAAUAGUAAUAACUAUUUUAGUGACACUGUUGGUUAUGGCUCAGCAAUAUUAGAAGCUGAUACAGAUUCACUUAUUGUUGAUUGUAAAAAGGAGGAUAGAAAACCGUCAACUAGUAGCAUUAAAUCAAAUUUAAGUUACUUAUCCAACUCUCUUAUUCAACAGUUUGAAUCUCGUCGUAAUGGUAGUGUUCAUUCGGGCAAUGGUAAUGGUUAUGAACGAACUGAAAAAGUGCCACUAGUAGAGCACUCUGAGUUUGACAAUAUAAUUCAAAGUUUUGAAAAGGAACUAGAAGAGAUCAAAAGGUCCACAACUUCUUUAGAGCGACGUCUUUCGACAUUGUCAGAACCUUCCCCAAUUGCUGAUGAAGCGAAUAAGGCCAUACUGGAUCACAUCGCAAUUAUAACUGGAUCUUCCGAACGUACAGCAGCAGAUGAAGUUGUUAAUUCAUUAAACCCUUAUGACAGUUACGAUAUAUCGACAGUACCUCGACGUCCUCAUCCUAUUCUGUCCAGUGUUGAUAGAAACUCAAUUAAAAUAAAGCGACGUAGCCUUGAAAAGCAACGUAAAAUUGAUGAUGAUUUUAGUAUAUCAAAUGAGAUACGUAAAAUCUGUGAUCAAAUGCAUGCACCUUUUGUGACAAUGGAAGCAAUGGCUGUAGCUGCUACAGCAACUGCUGCAAUUGGGACACAAUCGCCGUUUCAACGUCGAAAAAAUGAACUAUUCAGUGCUCAAUUCGAUCGUUUUAAAUGUCUUUCCUUAAUCGAACCUGUAGAAGAAGUACCUGAAGAAGAUAAACCAAUAUCAACGUUACGUAUGGAAUCUGAAAAACUGCCACGCAAAUACUUGACCAUUGAUGCACUAAAAACAGAUAGUCUUUCAUUGAAAAGCACAAACUCCUAUGAAAAUUUACUCAUACAAAAGCAAUUAAGUCGUGCAUCGCAAAAUGGAUCACUACCAUCAACUACGCAUGUACCGCCGACACCACCCGUUUCAUUAAAAUCUACAAUAGAACCACCAAGUUUAGUACAAAUAUCAUCGCUUAAAGCGACUCCCCCUCUUGCAUCUCUUACCGAACAUCAGCAACACUAUCAUGCUACCAAAAUUGAAACCACAACACCGAUCCUCCCAAGGGCUGCAGGCGGUAAUUUAAAUGUUAAAAAAAUCGCGGAGCAUCCACAAUCGAAACUAGACAAAGCCGCUUCCUUUCAAUCAACUCGCACCGAAUCUCAUAGCUCAGGUGCGGCCGACACAAGUUCGGCUCUGGCACACAAUAUCUCCAGCAACAGAAAUGGUGCUGGAACGGAGGCUAAUAAGUCGCAGAAAUCAACAUUUUCACGGCUGACUGAAAAGCCAUGGCAUUGUUUGGUCUCCUACGUAGACGAUCUCACUGUAGGUGGGAGACGUAACUCGCAGGGAGCAUACAAUGAUCCAAUGCAAUAUCCAAGUUUUGGUCACACUAAGCCGCCGAAAGUGCCAGAAGAUUGUUUCCCUCAGAAGUGCUACGAUCACUUUUACUUUCGCUGUCCAUGGUUCAUAUCUUGUAUGGGCACUAAGACUGCUGCGCGGUGGACACGCGUAAGGACGGCUGUCUUAACGGUUGUCGAUACUCCAGCCUUUGAGUGGUUUGUCUUGGUACUGAUCUUCGCAUCAAGCAUAACGCUCUGCUUUGAGGAUAUAUACUUAGACAGUAACAAGUCGCUGAAGCGCAUACUUUACUGGACAAAUUUGUCUUUUUGUCUAAUAUUCGUAAUUGAAAUGGUGCUAAAAUGGUUAGCUCUGGGGUUUUCGAAAUAUUUUACAAGUUUUUGGACAUUGCUGGACUUUAUCAUAGUUUUCGUAUCAGUGCUUUCGUUAUUAAUCGAAGAAAAUGAAAACCUCAAAGUAUUACGAUCUUUACGUACCCUAAGAGCUUUGCGCCCUCUAAGAGCAAUAUCGAGGUGGCAAGGAAUGCGAAUUGUAGUAAAUGCUCUCAUGUAUGCAAUACCGUCAAUUUUCAAUGUGCUUUUAGUUUGUUUAGUUUUUUGGUUAAUAUUUUCCAUAAUGGGUGUGCAAUUUUUUGGUGGUAAAUUUUUUAAAUGUCUCGACACUGAUGGUGAACUGCUGCCCAUAACGGAAGUUAAUGAUAAAUGGGAUUGCAUUAAGCGGAAUUACUCGUGGAUCAACUCGAAAAUCACUUUCGAUCAUGUUGGCAUGGGUUACUUGGCUUUGUUGCAGGUAGCGACUUUCGAGGGCUGGAUGGAGGUAAUGGCCGAUGCUGUGGAUGCCCGGGGUGUUGAUUUGCAGCCUCAACGGGAGGCAAAUUUAUAUGCCUACAUUUACUUUGUAAUUUUUAUAGUGUGUGGUUCAUUCUUCACAUUGAAUCUAUUUAUUGGAGUUAUCAUUGAUAACUUUAAUAUGCUAAAGAAAAAGUAUGAAGGAGGAGUGUUGGAAAUGUUUCUCACCGAAUCUCAAAAACACUAUUACACAGCGAUGAAAAAGUUGGGACGAAAAAAACCACAGAAAGUCAUUAAGCGACCCAUAAAUCAUUUUUUAGCUAUGUUUUAUGAUUUAUCAAAUUCGAGAAGAUUCGAAAUAGCUAUAUUUGUACUGAUUUUUUUAAAUAUGUUAACCAUGGGUAUCGAGCACUACAAUCAGCCGCAUGCGGUUUUUUUUAUACUCGAAGUAAGCAAUGCAUUUUUUACCACCGUCUUUGGUUUGGAGGCAAUUGUGAAAAUAAUUGGACUACGUUAUCAUUAUUUCACUGUGCCAUGGAAUGUGUUUGACUUUUUGCUUGUUUUGGCCUCAAUCUUUGGCAUACUAAUGGAAGACAUAAUGAUCGAUUUACCCAUAAGUCCCACUUUGCUACGCGUAGUCCGUGUGUUUCGCAUCGGUCGAAUACUGCGGUUGAUAAAAGCAGCCAAGGGUAUUCGAAAACUGCUCUUUGCGUUAGUAGUAUCACUGCCAGCAUUAUUUAACAUCGGUGCGCUAUUGGGGCUUAUUACAUUCAUAUAUGCAAUUCUGGGCAUGUCACUCUUUGGGCAUGUUAAACUCCAAGGCGCGCUUGAUGAUAUGGUUAAUUUUCAAACGUUUGGGCGAAGUAUGCAACUGUUAUUUCGUCUAAUGACAUCGGCUGGUUGGAAUGAUGUAUUAGAAUCCCUGAUGAUACAACCACCAGACUGCGACCCUCUCUACAAUAGACAGAUUAAUGGCGAUUGCGGCCAUCCACUGCUGGCAAUUACUUAUUUUACCAGCUUCAUCAUAAUUAGUUAUAUGAUUGUUAUUAAUAUGUACAUCGCAAUUAUUUUGGAGAACUUUAAUCAGGCACAUCAAGAAGAAGAAAUCGGAAUAGUUGAGGAUGAUUUAGAAAUGUUCUAUAUAAGAUGGUCUAAAUAUGAUCCACAUGCUUCGCAAUUUAUACACUUUGGACAGCUCUCUGAUUUUAUUGCAUCUUUAGAUCCACCGCUUGGUAUACCAAAACCAAACUCAGUUGCAUUGGUAUCAUUCAAUUUAGCCAUUUCAAAGGGUAAUAGAAUUCACUGCCUUGAUAUAUUACACGCCUUAGUCAAGCAUGUGUUAGGACAUGUAGAAGAAACUGACAAUUUCAAGCAACUACAGGAACAAAUGGAUGUUAAAUUUAAGAAACAAUUUCCUACACGUAAAGAACUCGAGAUAGUGUCUUCUACACGCAUUUGGAAGCGUCAAGAAAAAGCGGCCAAAACUAUACAAACCGCAUGGAAAGAUUACUUAAGAAGGAAAAAGGAGAAAGAGCGUUCUAAUUCUGGAGAUAGUGUUACACAGACUUCUAGUCCGGGUGGAUGGCAAGCGAAACUGUCAGCACUUAACUUUUUUCAUCUACAGGUCAGUCGUCGCGGUACUCAGUGUUCUAGUCGGGCUUCCUCACGUAAAUCGUCUCGAGCAUCUGAUGCCUCUGACAUAAGUGAACUUGCUGGUCCAUGGUUAAAUCUACCCUUAAUGCUUGUAUCUGGUGCUGAUGACGUUGUCAAAGAUAUCAAGCAACAGAGUGAAGAGCUUGGCAAGCGUCCUAUUUUUAGAAUAUCCUCUUGUCUAUCUCUUACCUACGAGUCAUUGCUCGCAGAUAUGGUAUCAUCGGUUUUACGAAGUGGUUCACAAACAAGCGAUUUAAAUAUAAUGAACAAUUUUAAAGAAUACACAAGAGGCAUAUCACCCCUAACAACAGCUAUUUCCACUGCAACCAUAACCGCCGAUUCCGAUACUCAUAGCCAGCAAAUAGCGCCCACACCCACACGGAAACGUGCUACGAGUUUCAUACGCAAAAAGCCACCACUAGAAAGAGGUUUGUCAGCACAAAGCGCUUUAAGAGUUAACAAAAAUGCUUUUGUCUCUGAUGGUCCAGCGCCAGAAGUAAUUGUGACGAAACCAUCUCCCGAACAACAAUCCUUACCGAUGGGCUUAAGGCCCGACAACUCAACUUUGGUGCAUGUGUUGGUGCAUAGAGAAAGUGAAGAGUACAAGGAUGAUGAAGAAAAUGAACAUAUUUCCCAAACAACGGAAAAACAAAAACCGCCUCCGCAAAUACGUAUAAGUACCGGGUCCGAUGAUAUUUGUGUUAGCGGUACAUCUGUUGUGCAAAUAAUGGUUGACAGUCCAAAAGAACCACCUCGUGGUGACUUUGUACAAGAUUUUGAAAUUCCUAUAGUUACAUAUAGUAAUGGUGCUAAACACCAUUCAGCAGAAGGUGAAACUGCAGCAGAAAGAAAAGAUAUCAUUGUUGGUGUAGAUACGCCAAUUGAUGUCAACAUUCAAGGUGACACAUCUCAGGUGUUUUACGAUUACGAUCCGGAACAUGCCAACGAGAUUAUUGUAUUAGAAACAUUAACAGAAGAAUCACCAAAAUCGGACGAUCAACCAACAACAGCACUGCCUGAUAUACCACGACCGUUGACAACCUCUAAUACCGCAAAUAAAUCGCCUGAACAUUCUACAUCAGAUGAUAGCGAAAAGGUUAGAUGACCAUCAUUGCAAACAGCACCGGUGUCUGAAAACUCAAGCUCCAGCACCAGUUGCUGCAGUUCGCGCCCAGUAUCGACAUAUAGUUCUG